AUGAAGGGCAUCCGCCGAUCCCUCAACAAGGACCGCAUCGGCGCACCGACCGGCGUCGUCAAGACGUCCGGCGCCACGUCUGGCGGCCCUCCUUACGGCCAGCGGCCCGUCGUCGCUCGGGCACCCGCACCACCCCAGCGCGUCAUCCGCGCGACCGCCGCCUACCGGGCCCGCACCGCCCAGGAGCUCAGCUUCGAGGAGGGCGACUUCUUCCACGUCGUGAGCGACGAGGGCGGCGAGGACUGGUUCGACGCGGCCAACCCGAUGACGGGCGCGCGAGGGCUCGUCCCCUCGUCGCACUUCCAGGUCCUCGGCCGCAACGUGCGCGAGACCGGCCUGCAGGGCCCGGGCAAGAAGUCGUCGACGGGGAGCGGGAGCGAUCGUGGGAGCGGGUCGGGCGGCAGCCCGUACGGCGCGGCGGCGGCAGGAGGGCGCAGCGGGAGCUCGGCGAGCAAGCACCAGCCGCUGUACGGCGUCGUCCAGUACGACUUUGUCGCCGAGCGGCCCGACGAGCUCGACGCCAAGCGCGGCGAGCCCAUCAUCGUCAUCGCGCAGUCCAACCACGAGUGGUUCGUCGCCAAGCCGAUCGGCCGCCUCGGCGGGCCCGGCCUGAUUCCUGUCGCGUUCGUCGAGAUCCAGGACAUGGCGACGGGCAAGCCGGUCGAGAACGUCGAGGAGCUCAUCCGCAGCGCCGUCGUGCCCAAGGUCGAGGAGUGGAAGAAGAUGACGGCCGACUACAAGCAGGCGUCGAUCCCGCUCGGCCGGUUCGACUUUGCCGACACGUCGAGCGCCGCCGCUCCCUCCACGGCCUCGUCAUCGGCCGCCGCCGCCGCACCCGCCCCGACUUCUGCCCCUCCUCUUCAAGCCAUCCCCUCCCCGAACGGCGUCGACCACGACCAGGCGUACGACCAGGCGUACGACUCGCCGACCGGCGACGCCCUCAGCCCUCGACAAGGCGGGUACGACCCGCGGUACUCGUACACGCGCGAGCGGCGGCAGUACGGCCUCGUCACGUCGGCGUCGGUCGAGUCGUUCCACCAGGAGGAGGGCUCGUUCUGGUUCCACCUGCGCGCCUUCUUCUCGACCGGCGCCAGCCUCGUCCUGUACCGCCUGUACCAGGACUUCUACGACUUCCAGAUCGCGCUCAUGGACGAGUUCCCUGUCGAGGCGGGCCGAGUCGCCGGCGACGACGGCCGCACCGAGCGCAUCCUGCCCAUGAUGCCCGGGCCGACGACGAGCGAGGACGAGAACGUGUGCUCGCAGCGCGUUAUCGACCUGUCGAUCUACCUGUCGGACCUGUGCGCCCUCCCCGAGCACAUCCGGGCCUCGGGUCUCAUGUACGAGUUCCUCGUGCCUCGAGCCGGCGACGUCGAGGUCGCGCCAGGGCACGCCGGGUACGGCGCCGACGCGUCGCCCGCGCCGAGCCAGGGCAUCGAGAACCAGUACGGCGAGCUCGUCGACUACCUCGACCAGCUCGACAGCAACCAAUACGACCAGGGCUACUACGACCAGCCUCCUCGGUCGGCCGAGUCGACACGUCCGCCGAUGGGCACGGCCAACCAGGGCGCGGCCUUCAUCAAGAUCAAGAUCUUCCAUCGCAACACGGACGACCUGAUCGCGAUCCGGGUCCCGCCGACCGUCUCGCUCGGCGCGCUCCUCGACAAGGUCCGCGACCGGCUCGGGAGCGACGUCACGCAGCUGCGGUACCGCGAGGAGGGCGGCGGAGCGGCGGGUAGCGGGGCACAGUUCGUCGGCUUGCGCGACGACGAGGAGCUCGAGCGAUGGGUCAGGAGCGGCGCCAAGCUCGUGUUGGCGCGUCCCUCUCUCUCUCUCUCUGUGUGUGCGACGACCCCGACGAGGCACUGA